AUGACUUUAUCAAUGACUAUUAGCGAGAUAAAUGAUACUCAAAUAUGGGAUAAACAUGAGCCUGAUAUACACGCCAAAUUAGCCGGCGAAAAUAAAAAUCGUCACAAAUGUUUUUAUAACGAUCGUUAUCAGUAUUUAUUCAAUCAGUAUUACAUGAGAACAACAAGAGAUGAUGUGUGUUUAUUGCAUUAUAUUGAUAAUUAUACAGCAAGUGAUAUGAGUAUGAAUGAUACCGAAAAUGGAUUAAUUUUUCAUUCAUAUCCAGGAAAUGGUUUUUAUCCGAUUGAUUUUUCAUAUAUUUUCCUGGAAAAUAAUACUUGUGCUUAUGUGGAAGUGAAAAUUAAUCAAGCUUCAAUUCGAAAUUCGGUUAAUUGCUUCAAGGAACAUUUUAGUACGAAUUAUAUGCCAGUGAAAAUAUUUGUAUGUAGCUGUACUCUUGAAGAGAAUGGCAAUCAUUGUGAUAAAAAAUUGGAGAGUGAAAUUGCAGAUCGAGCAAAGCAAUUUCCGAUCGAAUCAUUAACAAAAUGCGCUGAAUUUAAAUUACCGGAAGCGGAGAUGAACGAAAGUGAUUUGAUAUAUGUACGACAUACUUCAUAUUGCUUUACGGCAGCGUCUACAAUAUCAGAUAAAAUAUCAGGUAUACGAUUAAGGGUGAAAGCAAGUGCGGUAACACGAUUGUUAGCAGUACGAAGUGGGAAGCAUUUUGAUCAUAUUGCAUUUUCAAUGUAUAACUUGUAA